AUCAUGAGCCGAAAUUAAUAUAAUUGAAAAUCAUUUUUUUAUAAGCAUCACCGUGAAUAUUAGAUGGCACAACACAAACAGCUGACAACGAGCAAGUGAGCCGCUCAUGUUUCGCACGUUUGCCUUUCCAUACCCAUAUCUUAAUACGCGUGAAAAGACAAACACCUGAAGAAUUUUCGAUGGAUCCAAAUUUACGCAACCUUAAAGAUUUUCUGACGUUGUAUAACAAAGUUACUGAAUUGUGCUUCUCGAGAUGCGUUGAGACCCUCUAUGAGAGGGACCUAACCGAUAGCGAAAAUACCUGCAUAGAUCGAUGUGUAGUAAAAUUUGCGCGUUUUAAUCAGAAAAUGAUGAACGUUUACGUUGAGGUACAAUCAGACAUAAACCAAAAACGUAUACAAGAGCUGGAAGCGAACCAAAAACAACUGAGUCAAGGGCAGACGUCAACGUCGACGACACCUUCUGGAGGGGUAUCAACAUUGCCAACAGCAUCGGCUGGUGCACAAGCGUCUGCAUUCUCCUAAAACGAAGAAAUAUUUUGGCUAUAUUCACAUAUGGCAAACUUUCUUUCGAGGAAGCCGCAUACCAUUAAUAUAAUUAAACAUAAGCAUG